GUACCUUACGGGAUUUCCUCUAGGCACGCUUCUUAUCAAACCCCAAAAUGAGUCAAACUAAGAAGACAUAUGACUGCUCUGAAUGCGGUAAAAGUUUCAUUUUGAAGUCAAAACUUACCACUCACCAGAAAAUUCACACUGAAGAGAAGCAAUAUCCUUGUUCUGAAUGUGAGAAAUGUUUUAGAAGGAAGAUACAUCUGACUCAACACCAGAAGAUUCACACGGGAAAGAACAUAUGGCCGUGCUCUGAAUGUGAUAAAUGCUUUGUAUACAAGUCACACCUCGAAGUCCACAAGAGGUCUCACACAGGAGAGAAGCCAUUUAGAUGUUCAGAAUGUGAUAAAGAAUUCCCAGAAAAGAAAAAUCUAAUCCAACACAUGAGGAUUCACACCGGAGAGAAGCCGUACAGAUGUUCUGAAUGCGAUAUGUGCUUCGCAGAAAGGGGAAACCUGACGAAACACCAGAAGAUUCACACGGGGGAGAAACCAUACCCGUGUUCUGAAUGCGGUAAAUGUUUUUCGAGACAUUCAAAGAUGAUCGAACACCAAAUGAUUCACACAGGAGAGAAGCCAUAUCCUUGUUCUGAAUGUGGUAAAUGUUUUAGAAGGAAGGCACAUCUGAUUCUACACCAGAGGAUUCACACGGACGAGAUGCCAUAUCAGUGCUUGGAAUGUGGUAAAUGUUUUAGAAGGAAGUCAAAUCUUCUCAUUCACCAGAGGAAUCACACUGGAGAGAAGCCAUUCAAGUGUACUGAAUGUGGUAAAUGCUUUACAGUUAAGAGGUUGCUUGUCAGCCAUCAGUGGAUGCACACUGGAAAGAAGCCAUAUCCGUGUUCUGAAUGCGAUACCAGCUGUGUUUCGAUGUCCCAACUUAUGUUUCACCAGAGAAUUCACACGGGAGACAAGCUAUACCAAUGUUCUGAAUGUAGUAAAUGCUAUAAUUUGAAGUCAGAUCUUAUCGUUCACCAGAGGACUCACACAGGAGAGAAGCCAUUCCAGUGUUCUGAAUGUGACAAAUGUUUCAACACCAAGGCACAGUGCAGAUUACACAUGAUGAAUCACACAGGAGAUAAGCCAUAUCAGUGUUCUGAGUGUGAGAAAGGUUUCAGGACCAAGUCAUUGUGGACCAUCCACAUGAGGACUCACACAGGAGUGAAGCCAUUCAAGUGUUCUGAAUGUGACAAAUGUUUUAAAACCAAGGCAGAGUGCAACAACCACAUGAAGACGCACACAGGAGAGAAGCCAUAUCAAUGUUCUGAAUGUGACAAAUGUUUUAAGAACACGUCAGAGUGCAACAGCCACAUGAAGAUUCACACAGAAGAACAGAAGCCAUAUCCAUGUCCUAAAUGUGAUAAAUACUUUUUACAGAAGUCUGAACUUGUCCGCCACCUGAGAAUUCAUAGUGGAGAGAAACCAUAUCAAUGUUCUGAAUGUAACAGAUCAUUUAAAACCAAGGGAAAUCUCAUCACUCACCAGAUGUUUCACACUGGGGAAAGGCCGCAUCAGUGUUCUGAAUGUAACAAAUCAUUUAAAACCAAGGGAAAUCUAAUCACUCACCAGAUGUUUCACACCGGGGAGAAGCCACAUCAGUGUUCUGAAUGCAACAAAUGUUUUAGAACCCGGUGUCUGCUUUCUACCCACCAGAGGGAUCAUACUGGGGAAAAGCCAUAUCCAUGUUCUGAAUGUGGCCAAGGUUAUAAAACAAAAAUGGCUCUCAAAAACCACAUGAUGGAUCACACAGGACAGAGGCCCUUUUCCUGCUCGGAAUGUGGCAAAGGUUUUAAAUGCAAAGCGCACCUUGCAAGACAUGAAAGGAGUCACACUGGAGAGAAACCCUAUUCAUGCUCUGAAUGUAACAAGUCCUAUAUAACUUCUUCAAAGCUUGUUGAACACCAGAAGAGUCACACAGGAGAGAAGCCAUUUAUAUGUGAAGAAUGUGGCAAGUGUUUUAAAAAUAAAGGAGAUCUCAAUGUACACAAGAGCAUCCAGCACAUAGGGAAGACCUUUCAAUGUUCAGAAUGUGACAUGUCCUUCGCGCUAAAGACACAACUUACUCAACACUACAGGAUUCAUACAGGAGAGAAGCCCUAUCGAUGUACUGAAUGUAAUGAAUGCUUUGGAAACCUUGCAGAAUUGUACAAACACCAGAGGACCCACUCAGGAAGGAAGACAUAUCAUUGUCCUGAAUGUGAUGAAUGUUUUAGUAGAAAGGCAGAGCUGAUCCAACACUGUGAAACCCACCCAGGUGUCAAUCCACAUUCCUGUAUGUAG